UGUCAAGAUAGUGUUUUGCCGAUUGUUCUUUAUGGAAUCAGCGAUGAAUUGUUAUCGUACUCGGACUUAAGUGACCUGAUUGACCUUCGAUCGUGUCUGCAUGAUCUUCCUGUAUUGUUUAUUAAAACAAAGAAUUCUAAUGCAAAAUUGAAUGGUGCGCUACCAAAAAGUACUGUCACGGAUCCUAUUAAUCAAGGGGCACGCUUAAACCAAAACCAGGUUUCAACACCACCACAAACAGAACCACCUCAACGUCAGACAAGUAAAGCUAGUAGGGUCUAUUACCCCAAAGCAAUUCGAUCACCGAUUUUCAAGCAGAAAGAAAGAAAAGCACAAACUAGCCCUCGUAUUAACGCACCAUCUCAAAAUGGACUUGGUCUUUCGCAACAGCUUCACAACAUAGGAUUUCUGAGGACGACUUCCACCCUUCAGAGUCGACACCGGAAUAAUAUCAAUAAUUCAACGAGUAAGUUACUUGACGACUUAAAGAAUGUUGGUGGAAUUAUCAUGUUUGUGAAGAACACGUUGCAGCUCUAUGUCAUUAAAUCAACUACAGCAAUGCAAAACAUGCAUAUACAAUCCAUGAAUAUGUUCAUAACGACGGCGUUUGACAUGGCGCGAGAAAUUCAGAUCACACCGAAGAGGAUAGAUUAUGCACGGCAACAAGAGGAGGAACUGUACAAAAAAUUACUGGAAAUUAACAGUCAGAAACAAGAAGAGAUCAAACAUUUGAUAUCGGAGACCAUCGCAAACAUGAAAGAAGACUUGCUAUUGGAGGCAGAAUGUUACCAGUUUGUAGGUAUUAAGAUCCCGAAGAAAGGUGAGGCUUGCCAGCAGAAGGAUAUCAAACGUUGUCAGCAGCAGAUUCAGGAGCUUGUCGUGAAUAAGGUCAAUACAGCCGUCGUUGAGAAGCUCAUAGGCUCUGUCGAUUAUCUACGUGAAAGCUUUGUCGGAACUCUGACCAGAUGCCUGGAGAAUCUGGAGCAAGCAGACAGUGAAAGAGAAUCCUCAGCAAGCAUGGCUCUAAGACAAAUUUUGAAUGCAUCAUACCAGGUGGAAGUGAGUGCUCAGACAAGUUCAUCCUUCAUCAGAGUAAUAUGGGAACAAAUGAAAUGGCUUGGUUUAAAAACCAUGCCAUGGAAAUACCCUCCUAAAGUUGAUGCAGAAUGGCAAAAAAAGGUUGUCUUGGAGAUGAUCAGUAGUCUUAGUGAAUCAAAACUUGCCAAAAGUAUGACCUCACAGUUUAGAAAUCGUUUACAACACUCCCAUGAUGCAUUUUCUGCAUCUUUGAAGCAACUGGAAUUGAGGCAUUUUGGCCGACUGGAGAAAAAGAAGGAACAGCGAAUGAAAGUCCGGAAGGUUCAUGCCCCUAAACUGGCCCGACUUGCCCUGGAUUGCACGUCCUUACGUGACACUGUCCUAUUUGGUGUGCCUCAGCUUGGGCGUGAGAUUGGACGUGGUCAGUACGGGGUUGUGUAUUCUUGUGAAUCUUGGGGUGGCUACACACCAUGUGCUGUCAAGUCCGUUGUACCUCCAGAUGACAAACACUGGAAUGAUCUAGCUUUACAGUUCCAUUAUACAAGAUCAAUUCCUGAGCAUGACCGUGUAGUGGCCUUGCGUGGUUCAGUUAUCGAUCAUAAUUACGGUGGUGGAUAUUCCCCUGCAGUGCUCCUUCUAAUGGACCGAAUGCAACGCGAUUUACACGCUGCCAUUAAAGGGAACCUAGACUUCCCAAGCCGGCUUCAGGUGGCUUGUGAUGUCGUAGAAGGCUUACGUUACCUACACAGCCUAGGCUUAGUACAUAAAGAUGUCAAACUGAAGAAUGUUUUGCUUGAUAGGCAUAAUCGUGGAAAGAUAACUGUCCUUGGAUUUUGCAAGCUGGAAGCCAUGAUAAGCGGGAGCUUCGUGGGUACUCCCAUCCACAUGGCACCUGAGCUUUUUUCGGGAAAGUAUGACAACAGCGUUGACGUAUACGCAUUUGGCAUCCUACUUUGGUACGUGUGUGCUGGACACGUCAAGCUGCCUACUGCCUUUGAGCAGUGUCAAAACAAAGACCACCUGAGUUUGGUGAAGAGAGGAGUUCGUCCGGAGAAACUCGCUGUGUUUGGUGAUAAAUCCUGGAGCUUGAUGUCAGCAUGUUGGGCGGGAGAAAUAGACAAGCGCCCUUUCCUGGGCGAGGUCCAAGACAGGCUGGUAGAAAUUCGUGAUCAUGCUGUUCAAAUCGAGAACAAAACGGCUAAAAGGAAUGAUACGAUGUAAAAAAGUUAAUGGAAGUGUAACAAGGGUAUAUACCAUGGGUCAUUAUUCAAACCACUAUGUCCUUGUUACUAUGGGCCAAGAAUAAAACCACCUUGUCCUUCACUGAGUAGAAAGAUAGGGCACCUUGUCCUUCACUCAAGUAGAAAGAUAGGGCAGAAUCUGGGUCAGAAAUUCCUAUAGAAUGGGGUUAUACAUUCCUAUUAGAUGGAAAUGCAUUCCAUGAGGAGUAAAAGUUUAGGAUAUCUUGUUUACUAUGUUCAAAUGCACUAUAUAUUACUGCCAACCACUGUUAGUCGAUAAUGCAGAUAAUGAAUUAGUAUUAGAGUGAUGUCCCUGUACAGUCUUUUAUGGGCCUUAGCCUUAAUGUACCUUUUAAUAUUCGAAGCAAGGCAUUCCAGAUUUUAUGCUAAAGAUUGAACAAUUGAUUCACGUUAUUCAAACUUAUGUUAUUUUUAUUGUGAUAUUGUAUAAUCCUAUGAGGUAUUUUUAAUAAUGUAAUUCAUGUUUAAUGCUACUGAAAUUAUGAUUAUAGCCCUGUAUAGUAUAAAAUUGUAUUAUCUAUUAUGCUAGCCUUUUUGACUUAAUUAUAUAAAUGGGGUUAGACACAACAUAUUUUGGCAAGCAAGCUAUAACAUCAGCCUAUAUCUUUGCUGUGUUGUCAUCCUCGACACUCUGCUCAUUAUUACAGUUUGAGCGAAGUAGUGAUCUGUUAGGGGUGUCGUACUGUGAUCGGGUUAUCAAACAAGGUACCGUCCAGCUACCGAACCAAUAGAUGAGAACAACGGAAGUGUCCGCGUGCAUACUUGAUCUGGUCGUGUGUUUGAUGUGCUGUAGAUUGCGAAUUUAAAAGUGUCCAGUUACACCAAGUGAAGCCAGGAGACAAGUCGUGUCGCUACCUUAGAUGUUCAACAAAUCAUAAGUUACAAUUUUAAUUGACUUAUAUUUUAUAUUGUUGUUUGAUCUUCAAUAUGUAUUCUUGUGUUGAAUGAAUAUAUUGUAAUGUAGUAUUAAGGUUCAG